ACCUCAAACGURCAAGUCUUAUUUAGUUUUGUUUGCGACACAACAAUAAUAAUGGACUAAUCACCAAACUGGAAGGAAAAGUUUUGAAGGCUGUGCCAGACCAUCAAGCAGUAUGAUGCUAAAGACAAGAGAGCAGGACGACAGAACGUGAAAUCCUUUGUGGAUGAGCUCAGAGCAGAGUUCAACAGUGGGCAAAGACCCCCGGGAGCCCUCAUAGAGACCUGGAUCUCACUGACACCUCAGGAACAAAUGAAGGUGCUGGGUCAGCUGAUGCAAUCCACAGAAAGCUCUUCUCAGACGCUUUCUGACCAGGAAGCCAAGAUGAAAGCCAGUUUAGAUGAUACAGAACAGCGCAGGACUGAAGAAAAGACAAAAAUGAAAUGGAUCAAGUUUCAAGAAAGAAAGAUGAGAAGGGUCCUGGACAUGAAGCUGGAAAAGACCAUGAAGGAAAGAGACGAGUUAGAAAUGAUGAAGAUAUCAUUGAAUCGACAAAGUCAAGAGAUCAAAAAAACCCUUGAAGAUUUUAAAACUAUUUUCACUACAGUGGCUAAGACAAAAGUUAAAAUGGAAAAAACCGCAGCUGAAAUUACGGCCACCUGUGAGAAAAUAUACACAACUCAAAGGAAGACGGAGAACAACAGUGAAGAAAUAAAACUAAUUAUG